AUGCAUAUUUCCGCAUUGAGUGCUCUAGGCCUCUUCGGGGCUGUUGCUCAGGCAAAGCCGUUCCUUCAGCGCAUUAAUGACACCGCACAUGUUAUUGGAAAUGAUCUCUGGAAUGUGACGAUUGGGCGACAGUACGGUGUGAAGCUGUUCUACAAGGAUACGGAUCUAGUGGGUGAUGCAUGGGGGCAUUACGUUAGCUACAAUGGCGCACAAUCCGACCUCAACUGGACCUCCGCCAGCAUCCACCGCCGCGGCGCCGACUACCUCGACAUAAAAUUCACCGCCCGCGAAGGCGACUUCCACUGGGUGAUCUUCGACCAGCUGGCCGGCGCCUACCAGUACUUCGUGAACCACGACCUGCCGACGCUCGGUGAAUUCCGCUCCCUCUGGCGUCUCGACAACACUUCGUUCCCGAACGGCCGCACAAAUAUUAAAGAUGCGCCGCUCCCGGAUCUCGCUGAGUAUCCGGCCUCUGAGAAAGUGCAGGACGAGACGUGGCAGCGUGCUGACGGGAGCUUUAUCACGAAGUAUGACUUUAGUGCGUGGGUGCGGGAGUUGGAUUUCUACGGCGUCUAUGGAGAGAGGUUUGGGUCGUGGUAUAUUAAUCCCGGCAAGGAUUAUUAUAAUGGGAAUCACCUGAAGCAGGAGCUGACGGUGCAUCGAGAGAGCGCGACGGGGGAUGCGGUGCAGUUGAAUAUGAUUCAUGGGACGCACUUUCAGGUCUCAGCGGUGGAUGAGUUUCCGGAUGGGAAGAUGUGGGGGCCGUGGUUGUGGUAUUUGAACGACGGCUCCAAACCCGACGCUGAAGCCCGUGCGAAAAAAGAGGCUCAGGCUUGGCCAUACAAAUGGUUCAAGGACGAAGCAUAUCACACCCGUGGCUCUAUCUCCGGACGCCUGGUUCUCUCUGACGGACGACCUGCCGCUGGAGCGUCUGUGUUCCUGGGCGACAACAACCCCAGCAAGACAGCGCUGGACAUGGGCUCGGAUUAUUACUAUACCGGACAGACUGACAGCAAGGGGUGGUUCACAUUCAGGAACGUGCGUGCGGGUGACUACGGUCUGCAGGCGUGGUCAGACGGGGGCAAGCUGCGCGACGUGAUGACGACGUUCUCGCUGAAUGAUGUGACGGUGAAGAAGGAUAAGCAGACGCAGCUGCACAAGUUGGAGUGGAAGGUGUCCCCUCGGAAGAAGAUCUUCCAGGUGGGUGAUUUUGAUCGCAAGUCGUUGGGCUUCAAGCACGGUGGGGCACCGUAUCAACAUGGUCUUGUGGCGGAGUGUCCGGAGGAUCUGGUCUAUACUGUUGGCGAGAGUGAGACCUCAGACUGGUGCUUCGGGCAGUCGGCUAAGGGGACUUGGAGUAUUAAGUUCCCCGUGGAUAAGAAACAGGCGAAUGCGUCUGCGGUGUUGACUGUGUCUUUGGCGGGGUAUUCGUCCGGUACUAAGUCCAGAAUAUUGCUGAAUGGAGACGCGGAUAUUCCGAUCGGGAAUUUGACGACUCUGCCGAACGAUCCUGGCUUGUAUCGGUCUGCAACUACCGCGGGAGAGUGGCGGUUGUUCGAGUUUGACGUGCCAGAGGGAAAGCUGCGCGAGGGAUGGAAUACGGUGGACUUUGAGGUGACGGAGUCGACGAAGUGGAGGGGUUUCAUGUGGGAUAGUAUCGUGUUGGAAGCGUGA